AUGAAUUCUCCAUUACAUUUACUUCAUUGUCUUUGGUUUAAUCCAAUAACCACAACACAAAAUACAUCAACAACAAUAAUUAGUCAAUCACCACAACAACCAAAACAACUUCAAAAAUCUCCUCAAAAAAUAAUUUUGUCUAGAAAAAGGCGUGCAGCAGCAAUAUUAGAAGAAAUUCCCCCACAAACAAUCACUUAUUCUUCAACAAAAACAUCAUCUUUAUUUGAUGAUAGUGAUGAAUAUUUAAUUAAUAAAAAGGAGCGUUUAUGGGUUUGUGCUGAUGUUGAUAGGGCAAUACAUUUGGAUGAACGUUGUUUGAAGAAAAUGUUGGAAAAUGAAAUUAAUGUUCAGGUAACUGAUGCACAAAUUCGUCGCCAACAACGGCAAAAUAUUAAAAAUUGCAAUGAUGGUGAAAGGGGAGUUGAUGAGGAGGCGCGCACUCAACUUGUUGAAUGGCUUAAUGAUGUUUGCGAAGCUGAACGUGUCGAUUUUGUGAUUCUCCCAUUAACUGUUGCUUUUGUGGAUCGAGUAUUGGCAACCAAAUUUUUACCUCGACGAAAUCUUCAAGCAUUAGGAGCUGCUUGUCUUUUGCUUGCUUCAAAAUUGAAGGCGCCUGUACCUUUGUCAGCAGCACAAAUUGCUAGUUAUUGUUGUGAACCAGAAGAAAACAUCAACAACAACAAUGUUUGUGUAAUGGAAGCAGAUUUGUCUUUAGACAAAGAAAACACUACAACAACAACAACAAAAACAUUAAUUAAUACAACAACAACAUUAACAACAACAGUUUUACCAACAACAUAUUUAAUAACACCAGACGAACUUUUAGAUUGGGAAAUGCUUGUAGUAAACCAAUUAAAAUGGAAUUUGCUUCAAUCUACUCCCUUUGAAUUUUUUGAUCAAAUAUUGGUGCGUUCUCCAGUAUUGGAAGCUUUGAGAGAAGAUUUUGCUCAUUGUUUGCAUAAAAUGCUGAGAGGUGGGGAAUUUUUUUUUUUUUUGAAAAAAUCAGUCGAAUCUCAUUAUAAGAUAAACAUUCUACUUAUAUCGAGUUGGUUACUUCUACUUUAGAGACGGUGUUUUUUUUUAUUUUAAUAGUCUCUGGAUGAGGGGAGGAGUAUAUCCCUUGAACGAUAUAUAGCCCUAAUCUAAAUAUAAAAUAAUUAUUUUAAAGUCCAGAGAGGGUGUAUUUUAUACGUGAGAUUCGAUUAUUCAUUCUUUUAUUAAUUUAAUUUUAAUUUUUGGGCAAUUUUUGGGUGAAUAAUUUUUUUUAUUUUUUUCUUGGAGGGUUUUUUUCUUAUUUUUAUUUUUUACCUGUCAUUAUAAGAUUUGUGUUUUUUUCUUCGCGCGAGCUACUAU